AUGCUACUGCUUAUUCUGGUUUGUGGUGGUGCUCGUUGUGGAUGCGAUCCUAGUGGCAACGGAGGUGGUGUGGGCAGUGGCGGCAGGGUUGAUGAUAUUACUGAUAGCGGUAGUAGUGGUAGUAGUAGUAGUAGUAGUAGUAGUAGUAGUAGUAGUAGUAAUGGUAGUAGCAGUGCUGGUGUCGGCGGUGAUGGCGAUGGUGAUUUCGGUGUUGUUCGUGUUGCUAAUGGUUGUGGUGGUGGUGGUAAAGAUGGUGUUGACGGUAAUGGCGAUGAUGAUGGUGAUGGUGGUGGUGACUGUGGUGAUCAAGGAGAUGGUUUCGAUGUUGGUGGUUGUGGUGGUGGUGAUGAUGAUGCUGGUAGUAAUAGUGGUGGUGGUGGUGGUGGCGACGGCGGCGGCGGCGGUGGUGGUGGUGGUAGAGUGGUAAUUGUGGUGAUAGUGGUGGCGAUGAUAGUAUUAGUGGUAGUAAUAUUAGUAGUGGUGUUAGCAAAGAUGGCGAUGAUGGUUGUGGUGGUGUUGGUGGCAAUAGUAGUGGUGGUGUUGACGUUAAUGGCGAUUAUGGUGGUGGUGGUGGUGGCGGCGGUGAUGGCGGUGGUGUUGAUGGUGGCGGCGGCGACGGCGGCGGCGAUCGGGUGUUUUUGGAGGGAGGCGUGGGUUCUACUGAUGGUGCCUGUGAAAGUGACUGCUCGUUGUGGCUGAUGAUGAUGGCAAUGAGGUUAGUGGUCCCGAUGUAUGGAAGCAAAACAAAUGAACGCUCAAAAGUCGUUGCGGUUGGAGAAAUUAUAAGCAAUAGUCAGCAGAGGAUAGUAAAGCAGUGUUGAAAAUAAUGGCUUAUAUUACGGAACAUAUCAACCAGCACAAAUGCCCAUCGAACUUAAAAGCAACAAAACCAACGAAACGACUGCAGCAGGCGCGCAGGCUUUAAGGAGGCACAAAAAACAUUAAAGUCAAAAACAAACACAUUUAUGUGGAUUUAUGGACAUUUGCUGUCCUCCAACACCUGUGCUGAAUAAGACCAAUUAGAUCCUAGCCUGCAUUUCUAUAUCGCCGAGGGUUGGUUACCUCUGGUUCAUGGGGUCUCCUUCAACGCUGAUGCGGCCGUCUGCUCGACGCCACAUCCAUCCUCAUUAUGCAGUAUAAAAUGUUGGAGAUACUCUGCAGAUCCGCAGCUGCGGUUAACGACCAGUACUUCAACAUGCUAACCGAAAUUCGGAAGCGCGUUUCCAAUAAGGGAGGAUAACUAGGGUGGGAUUUUAACACUGUUAUCGACCAGAAAAAUCCCAAAAUACAUUACUCAUACCUGAGUGUCGGCUAAUGAUUACCCUUUUUGCGGCCACCUGAUGAAACUACGUUUCAUAAAAUAAUAAAAACUAAGAAAUGUGGUUUUUUGCUUUCCCAUGGCUUUUGAAUUCAAAUGUAUUUUAAAGAAACUGUGAACAAAAUUGUCUUUGCCUGUACUCAUUUCUUAGCAAAUUAUAUCUUAUUUAAGCCAUAUACUCAAAGAAAGGGUGUCCUCUGGUCUUAAAUCUGCUUUUAAAUUUUUGAAUAUUUGAGACUUAUAGAGCCAGACUGAACUUUGAUACAAAUAUUUGGUCCGAAGCCACCAGCAACAGCGGGAUAACCGCGUAAUACUAAUUAACCGCAGACAGGCACCCAGUAUUAUACAGUGUUUGACAAUCGACUACUUUUCAGUCUUUUACCCGAGUUGACUGUCUAAUGCGAUUUGAAAGAGCAGUUAUGUUUGGGUUCACAAUGUUUACCGAAAGUCAGUAUUUACGGUUAUUUGUUAGAAAUUACUCAGAAGGAACGCGUUAGAUUUCACAGCGAGCCGUUAUAAGUAGCUGGGACUGUUGUUGUUGUUGUGGUGGCGGCGGCGGCGGCGGUGGUGGCGGUGGUGGUGGUGGUGGUAGUGGUGGUGGUGUUGGUGGUGAUGGUGGUGGCGGUGGUGGUGGUGGUGGUGGUGGUGGUGGUGGUGGUGGUGGUGGUGGUGACUCAAGGAAUAUAGGCGCCUGCUAUGCCUAA